UUAAAAUCAGUAAUUAAAUCAGUGUCCAUUACUUACAAAAUGAAUUAUGCAAUCAUCGUAAUUUUCUGCGCAAUUCUUUCGAGCAGUUAUCAGACGCAAACUACGGUCUCCCCACAAACUACUGUCUCCCCACCAACUACUGACUCGCCACAAACUACGGUCUCCCCACAAACUACUGUCUCGCCACAAACUACGGUCUCCCCGCAAACUACUGUCUCUCCACAAACUACGGCCUGCCCGCAAACUACCGUCCUUCCAACGGACUCUCUCGCGGCGUCAGUCACUGAAAAUGCGACGGCAAAUGCAAGAGCUAUCAAUUGGCCGAUGUUUUUGUCCUUUUCGUCAUUUUCGAACAAAAUUUCAGAUCUAAUGGUGUUGAAGAAGAACGUUAUAGCCGCAUAUCCACUGCAACUUGGCUCCACACUAAUCGAUAAGCUAUGUUCCAGCACGCUGUUUAUGUCUCAGGUGCCAGCUCGAUUUACACCAGAUAUAAGAAAAAUGAAUUUCCAAUAUAUUACCAGCUGUAAAAAUUAUAGCGUACCACUUAUGAAGGCGGAACAACUUUGGCAACACAUGAGCUUUAAUAAGCAGAGAAAAGUUGUCAUUUUAGCAACCGGUUGGACCAAUACCAUCAAUGAUUCUUCCGCCUUGGCGUUGCUUUCGAAGGCGUUUCUGUGUCGAAAGGAUGUGAAUUUCAUUAUUGUCGAUGCCGCAUACUAUGUAGACACAUUAUAUAAAUGGUCCGCAUUAAAUACAGAGGAAAUUGGCGAAUAUAUAGCGAAAGGUCUUAGGCAUUUAAUAAAAGUAGUACCGCUAGAAAAUAUUCACUUAGUCGGACACAGUCUUGGCGCACACAUAAUGGGCAAGGCUGGCCGUACUUUCACCAAAUUGACUGGGCAUAAAAUACCACGUAUUACCGGUUUGGAUCCGGCUAAGCCAUGUUUUUAUAAACACGAUACGCUCUAUAGCUUGCGACGAGGCGAUGCCGCUUUUGUGGAUGUCAUUCACACAAAUAUCGGUAUAUUGGCGAAGAAGCUACCGCUUGGUGAUAUAGAUUUCUAUCCAGGUGGCGCCAAUCCGCUACCACCAGGCUGUUUGACUGCAUCCUGCGCGCAUAUACGUUCCGUGGAGUAUUUUGCCGAGAGUGUUUAUCCGGGAAAUGCAAAAAAUUUCAUUGGCUUGAAGUGUGCAAAUUGGAACGAUUUAAAGAAAUUAAAUUGCACACCCACCGAUACCACACCCAUGGGUUAUGCGGUGAAUGAACAAAAACGGGGUAUUUAUUAUGUGCAAGUGAAUCGCAAAUCACCUUAUGGCAAAUUUGCGAGGCCGAACAGCGCACGCUGGGAGAAUGCCAAGUGCAAUAAGUGUGAGAAAGUGAAGCGUGGAAAGAAGGUUUAACAGAUGGUUAAGCAGUUUAGUUGUUAGUAGUCAAAUAUUUAAUGGAAUUUA